UGCUCAUUACAGUGUGCGCAAGAAGAAGCCGCAAGAAGAAGCCGCACUAUGAGCAGUUCUGCUGUGGAGCCAGACCUCGACAAGACUGUGGUGAGGAAGUCUGUGAGCCGGUCCUCAAACAGCUCUCCGCCGCCUGAGGACGACAUCGAUUCGGUGUGUCAGGAUGAGCUCCUGGGCUCGCAGUCCAAAAAAUGGCUCGCUGACCUGCUGAGCGCAGUGUCAGUGGACCUCGCGGCUGAUCCAGACACUGUGGGACGGGACGGCUUCUUUGUUGACCACCACUUCCCCCUGGGCGAGCUGGAGAUGCAGUCCGGAGUCAAGUGGAAGCGACCGAGGGAGCUCUGCGCUUCUCCUCAGUUCAUUGUCAACGGAGCGACUCGUCUGGACAUUUGCCAGGGCAAACUCAAUGAUUGCUGGUUGCUGGCAGCCAUCGCCUCUUUGUCUGUGAACGACAAGCUCUUCCAGAAGGUGGUUCCUCCAGGACAAGACUUCCAGCAGCACUACACCGGUCGCUUCAGCUUCAGGUUCUGGCAGUAUGGUGAGUGGGUGGAGGUGCGAGUCGAUGACCUGCUGCCCACAAAGGACAAUAAACUCAUCUACCUGAGCUCCCCAGAGAGGCAGGAGUUCUGGAGCUCGUUACUAGAGAAGGCCUAUGCCAAGCUUAAAGGUGGGUACCGGGCUCUGGACAUGGGCUUUCCACAUGAGGCCAUGGUAGACAUGACUGGGGGAGUGGCGGAGGUAUUGACCAUCAGUCAUCUGCCCAGAGAUCUAUACAGCUUCAUCCAGUCACUUCUGGCCAAAGGAGCACUCAUCAAUUGUGCAAACUGUCAGGGUCCUUUAGAGCAGAAGAACCCCCUGGGAAUCAUGUUCCGACACGCUUACUCCGUGACUGCCAUGGAAAAAGUGAUGACGUCUCGUGGGCCUGUUGAGCUGGUGCGACUGCUGAACCCCUGGGGCAACACAGAGUGGGAGGGGCCGUGGAGUGACUCCCGCAGCCCAGAGUGGAGUACUGUGAGCUCCCAGGAGCAGCAGAGGCUGGGCCGGGUCAACCGUGAGGAUGGAGAGUUCUGGAUGUCUGUGGCAGACUUCCGGCAGAACUUUGAGUCAAUGGAGGUGUGUCAUCUGACCAAGUCUCCCAGCCAGUCAGCAUCCAGUGUGAGACCAUGGUGCUGUGUAAUGCACCAUGGGAACUGGGUGCCAAAUAUCUCAGCGGGUGGCCCUGCCCACUCAGGCUUGUUCUGGCAGAACCCUCAGUUCCUGCUAGAGCUUUCACAGGUUGACCCCUCCUCCGAUCCUCCCGUUUGCUCCUUUGUGCUGUCUCUGAUGCAGAAGCACCAGCGACGCAGAGGGUUAAACCUGUCCACAGCUCUCCAUCUGCACAUGGCCCACCCUCAGAACACAUACCUGUCCUCUUCCAACUUGAGCUCUACUCGCCCACUCCUCUGCAGUCCGCAGUACUCCUCUCGGCGGGAGGUGGUGCUGCGGGACAGUCUGCCCCCGGGCCGCUACAUCAUCAUCCCUUCUACGGCCGAGACCCACCAGCAGGGGGACUUCCUGCUCCGAGUGCUGACUGAGCAGAACAAAUCAACCAGCCCGCCUCACACACCAGCACCACAAGACAUCUCCCCAAUGAAGGAGCCUUCAUCUCCACAUCAAGCUGCUCUGCCCUCUCCCGAAUCCACCAAGCGUCUCUUUAAGAAGUAUUCUGACAAGUCAGGCUUCUGCAAACCACUGCACCUCUACCACCUUCUGAAGGAAGCCAUUCAAGGAGGAGUCUUGAACGGCAGCGAGAAGUACCUGGCUCUGGAGCACUGUAAGAGCUUGGUGGUGCUCAUGGAUACACAAGGGAUGGCCAAACUGAACUGGCCCGAGUUCCAGGCUCUGUGGGACAAGAUCCGGAGGUGGACAGACAUCUUCUUGGUGUUUGAUAAGAACAAAAGUCAACGGCUGGAGUACAAGGAGGUGGGCCCAGCUCUAAAGGCUGCUGGUAUCUUGGUGGAUGAUAUGGUGAUGCAGCUGGUGGGUCUCAGGUACACAGAGCCAGACCUGACCAUCAGUUACCCAGGCUUCCUCUUUGUGCUUAUGAAGCUGGAGAGCAUGAUCCAUAAAUUUCAGGCAUAUGAUAUGGGUGGAAUGGGAGCCAUCACAGUCAGUUACAGACAGUGGCUUCAGAUGACGAUGUACAACUGAGUCGCCUGGUUUAAAUGGAUGUGUGGGAUGAGACAUAAGCUCUUCCACAGGAGUUGUAGAGUAGUGCUUGUAUGUCUGUAGUUUUACAUUUGUUUGGCACAAUAUGUACAUGAGAAAAAAUAUGUAUAAAGCAUAUCUUUUUUAAUAAUAAACAAAGAAUAACCAAAGUAUAGCUAUCACUUGUGGUUAUUAUUUCAUAGAGACAAAUCCUCAUUGAAUAAUGGUCUGAGUCAUUUUUCAGGACUUUUGGGAAAAUGGAAAAAACCCUUUUUUUCCAUUAAAUUAUUGAAUAUUUCUUUGACUCUACUCUCAUAGUGAGUUCUGUCCAAGUUAUCAAUAAGUAUGAAUAGUACAAAAACAUACAUUCAUAUUUUAUAACAGAUAAAGGCACUCAAAACACUUUAUAUCAAGGAACCACUCACCCAUUCACACACACAUUCAUACACCAGUGUGCGUAUGUUAAAUGUCUUGUCCAAGGAUACAAUGACAGCAUUCAUCCGUGGGAGCUGGAAUCGCAUCUCUAACUAAAUAAAAGUAUGGACAAAUUAAAACCAUCGAGUUGGACAUUUUUGCAAUCCUGCCUCUGAGCACUGCUGCUUGUGCCUGCUAUGUGUAAAUAUCUGCCUUCCACAUUCAGGCUUAAAUCCCGCAGGAUCACAACACAACAAGUCUGAGACAAAUUCAAAGAAGAUCUCCAACAUAUUAGUGCCAUAUGAAUCGUCUCACAUUCUGAGGCCUUCAGGAACUGUCUUCCUACCAGUGCCCAGAGGCAGGACUCUACAUGGUUAAUCAGCUUUUCAGUUUUCUGCAGCUAAAAUCUCAAACAGUCUUCCUGAAGAAGUGAGACAGGCCUAUACUUUGACACUGUUUAAAUCCAAACGGUUUUGUUUAGCUGUGCAUAUGACUGAAAAGUUUUUAUUCUGCCUCUGCUCUUUUAGUGUUAAUUUUAUAAUGAUUAUUUAUGAUUAUUUAUGUUUUGAUUUGUUGUAUUGUCAUUUUAAUAACUUUCUUAUUCUGUAAAGUACUUUGAAUUACUUUGUGUACGAAUUGAGCUAUACAAAUAAACUUGCCUUGCCUUGUCCU